AUGCCAAUUUUCACUAAACCAAAACAUUUAUUUAUCUUCUUCUUGAUCCUCUCUUUGGUCAUCGCAUCUCAAUGCGAUGACCAGAAUCCUCAGGGUCAACACCCUGAGGAAAAAUUCCGAGAGUGCCAACAACAUUGUGAGAGUCAACAACAACAAGGAGAAUCGAAUAAUCCCUUCUUAUUCGAGUCUCAAAGGUUCAAGUCUCCAUUCAAAGCUAGUCAUGGUGAUUUACGCAUACUCGAGAAAUUCACUCAAAGAACACAACUUCUACAAGGAAUAGAAAAAAUCCGUGUUGCUGUCCUUGAAUUGGAGCCUCACACUUUCCUAAUUCCUCAUCACUGUGAUGGUGAAAUCAUAUUUGUUGUUGUUAGAGGAAAGGGACAAGGCACAAUUAGUAUCGCGGAACAAGAUGACAAGAACUCGUUUAACUUAGAGAAGGGAGAUGUAUUCAGGGUGCCCGCUGGUUCAAUUAUCUACUUGAUCAAUAGAAAUAAAGAAGAAAAGUUCUUUGUUUAUGGGCUGGCCAAGUCCAUCAAUGCCCCUGGCAAAUUACAUGAAUACUUUAGUGCCGGAGCUGAAAAUCCUGAAUCUUUCUACAGAGCAUUCAGCAGUGAUAUCAUGGAGAGUGCUUUUAAUAUCCAAAGGGACAGGUUAGAGAGACUAUUCGAACUACAAAAGCAGGGGAUAGUAAUCAAAGCUAGUGAAGAGCAAAUUAGAGGUAUAAGCAAACACGCUUCGCGCUCCACUAAGCAAAGUAAAGGUAGAACAAUAGGACCUUUCAAUUUGCUGAAGGAACGUCCAUUGUUCGAAAACAAAUUUGGACAGUUCUUUGAAGUAACUCCAGAAGGAUUUGAGCAGUUGAGAGACUUGGAUGCUGCUGUUGGUUUCAUGAACAUAGACCAAGGUGGAAUGGUACUACCAUACUACAAUUUAAGGUCUAUAAGGUUGGUUAUGGUUGUUGAAGGAAAUGCUCGGUUUGAAAUAGCGUGUCCUCAUCUUGGUAGACAGGGUCGAGGCCAAGGGCCUCGUGGAAAAAGAAGAGAGCGAGCACAAGAACAAGAACAAGAACAAGAACAAGAACAGGAACAAGAAGGAGAUGUGCAUUAUCAGAAAGUACGCGGUAAUCUAAAGGUUGGUGAUGUUUUGGUAAUCCCUGCGAGCCAUCCUAUUACCUUUAUAGCAACCGGAGGCUCGAAUUUGAGGCUACUUGGUUUUGGAAUCAAUGCUCAGAACAACAAAAAGAACUUCCUUGCAGGUAAACAAAACAUAUGGAGAAACAUAGACAAGGAAGCAAAAGAGUUGUCGUUCAACAUGGCUGGAAGGGAGGUAGAAGAGAUAUUCCAGCAGCAAGAUGAGUCCUACUUUGUGGCCGGACCGGAGGAGCAUCGAUGGCCUGCAGCAGAGGGAGAGAGGUGAAGGAGGAAGAAGGGGACAAGAACAACAAUGUCAAAGUGAGAGAGGCUUGUGAGUAAAUAAGAGAAGGCUUCUACCUAGAGAGAGUACUAUAUAUACUCAUAUAACUUCCCUACUAAAAUAAAUUUGGUCUUGUGGUGUGCAAUGUAAACUUUUUGCAUCUCAUGUUGA